AUGGCCAAGGCCGAUCAGAAGGUUGCAUUGAUCGUUAUCGAUGGCUGGGGGUGCAGCAACCCAGACGUUCCCGUGGAACACGAUGCCAUCGCAGCCGCCGAAACACCCGUCAUGUCCUCCUUCGCCGACCCUAGCGCAAAGACCGCCCAAGGAUACACGGAGCUAGAAGCGUCAUCCCUUGCCGUCGGUCUCCCAGAAGGCUUGAUGGGAAAUAGCGAAGUCGGACAUCUCAACAUCGGCGCCGGUCGUGUCGUAUGGCAAGAUGUUGUUCGUAUUGACCAGACUUUAAAAAAUGGUGAGCUGAACAAAAUUGGGGCCAUUGUUGACGCCUUCAAAAGGGCAAGGGAUGGCAAUGGUAGGCUGCAUUUGCUCGGAUUAGUUUCAGACGGCGGAGUGCACUCUCAUAUCAACCAUCUCUUUGGCUUGUUGCAGGUAGCUAAGGAACUGGCCAUUCCCAAAGUCUUCAUCCAUUUCUUCGGAGAUGGGAGGGAUACAGACCCCAAAAGCGCGGCUCGCUACAUGGAGCAGUUGCUGGCUAAAACCAAAGAGCUGGGAAUUGGUGAAAUAGCUACCGUGGUUGGCCGAUACUAUGUUAUGGACCGCGAUAAGAGAUGGGACCGCGUUGAAACUGGUAUGAAGGGAAUAGUUCUAGGAGAAGGGGAGCCAUCUGAAGACCCGGUCCAAAAAAUCAAAGAACGCUAUGAGCAAAAGGAGACUGAUGAAUUUUUGAAACCUAUCAUUGUUGGCGGUGAUGAGAGAAGAGUAAAAGAUGACGACACUCUUUUCUUCUUCAACUAUCGUUCUGAUCGAGUUCGCGAAAUCACACAGCUUUUGGGUGACUGUGAUCGUUCUCCCAAGCCUGAGUUCCCUUAUCCCAAAAACAUCAGCAUCACCACUAUGACGCGGUAUAAAACCGACUACACCUUCCCGAUUGCUUUCCCCCCUCAACACAUGGGCAAUGUUCUCGCAGAAUGGCUAAGUGCCAAGGGGCUCAAACAGUGCCAUAUUGCCGAAACAGAGAAAUACGCACACGUAACAUUUUUCUUCAAUGGAGGAAUUGAAAAGCAAUUUGAAGGUGAAGACCGAGACUUAAUUCCAUCUCCCAAGGUCGCAACGUAUGACCUUGAUCCAAAAAUGAGCGCUGCACCUGUCGCGGAGAAGAUGGCAGAAAGAAUUUCAGAGAAGAGUUAUGAUUUAGUGAUGAAUAACUUUGCUCCUCCAGAUAUGGUGGGCCACACCGGUGUGUAUGAGGCUGCUGUCCAGGGCGUUGCUGCAACAGAUAAGGCUAUUGGUCGCAUUUUUGAGGCAUGCAAAGAGAAUGGGUAUAUCCUUUUCAUUACUGCUGAUCAUGGUAACGCGGAGGAGAUGAAAAACGCCGAUGGGUCGGCAAAAACGUCCCAUACCACUAAUAAAGUUCCCUUCGUGAUGGCCAAUGCACCAGAUGGGUGGAGCCUGAAGGAGAAAGACGGCAUAUUAGGUGACGUUGCUCCCACUAUCCUCGACGCCAUGGGUAUCGAACAGCCGAAAGAGAUGAGCGGUAGUAGCUUGCUCAUCCGCAAAUAA